AUGAGGGCGGCAUGCGCGCGCCGCUCGAAUCUCCAGCCCGGCAGCAUUCGAGGGGUCCCGGCUCUGCGGCAAGCUCUCCAACAGCCACAACGCCGACGCUCGUCGGGCUUCAACCACUUUGUCGACAGCGACCCAGGCAAGCUCGAGCCCACGGUUCCUCCGCCGCCGCUGCUCGCCGGCGCCACGCCCUUCCGGCUCGCCGUCAAGGACAACAUUGCCACGGACGAGUUCCCCACGCAAUGCGCCUCCCGCAUCCUCGUCGGCCAUGCCUCGCCCUUUGAGGCCACCAUUGUGCGGCAGCUGCGCGCCCGCGGCGCAGAGGUCGUCGGCAAGACCAACAUGGACGAGUUUGGCAUGGGUUCCCACUCGACAAACUCGAUCCACGGCCCCGUCCGCAACCCGCUCUCGGCCAACGACGACGAGCCCAUCUCGGCCGGCGGCAGCUCGGGGGGCAGCGCCGUCGCCGUCAUGCUGGGCGACGCCGACAUUGCCCUGGGUACCGACACGGGCGGCUCCAUCCGCUUGCCGGCCUCGUACACGGGCGCCGUCGGCUACCGCCCCAGCUACGGCAUGCUCUCCCGCUUCGGCGUCUUCCCCUACGCCAACUCGCUCGACACGGUCGGCCUCAUUGCCCGUGGGGCGCGGCCCAUCCUGCGCCUACUCGCCGACGGCGAGCUCGACCAGGAGCACGACCCCAACGACCCGACCUCGCUGUCGUCGGCCACGCGCCGGCGCUGCGCCGCGGCCUGCCCCCCGACCCUGGGCGACAACUCACAGCUGACGGUCGGCAUCCCGCUCGAGUACAACAUUGCCGAGCUAGAUCCCGUCAUACGCGCGACCUGGGCGGCGGCGGCCUCGGCGCUCGAGUCGGCGGGCGCCACCGUUGUGCCCGUGUCCCUGCCGUCGACCAGGGAGGCCCUGUGCGCGUACUACGUCAUCGCCGCCGCCGAGGCCUCGUCCAACCUCGCCAAGUACGACGGCGUGCGCUACGGCGUCCGGCCCCCCGAGAGCCGCGGCGACGGCGCCGGCCACACGCUCUACUCGGAGACGCGCGGCGUCGGCUUCGGCGACGAGGUCAAGCGCCGCAUCCUCCUCGGCACCUACAGCCUCAGCUCCGCCGCCAUCGACAACUACUUUGUCCAGGCGCAGCGCGUCCGGCGCCUCAUCCGCCGCGACUUCGACCGCGUCUUCCGGCUGGCCAACCCGCUGUGUGACGGCGGCGGCGACGGCGCGCAGUUUGACCUCUGCGACAUGCCCGAGCACACGCUGCUGGCCGACAAGCGUGGCCCGCCGCAGGUCGACUUUUUGCUCUCGGCCACGACGCCCUCGUUUCCGCCGCGCCUCGCCGACGUGCUGCAGAGGAGCAGCCUCGAUGCCUACAUGAACGACGUCUUCACCGUGCCCGCCAGCCUGGCCGGCUUGCCCGCCGUCAGCCUGCCCGUGCCCGCGGCCGAGACCCGGCUGCCUGCUGGGCUGCAGCUCGUCGGCCAGUUUUGGGAUGACCGGCGGCUGUUGGCCAUGGCGGAGCGACUCAAGGCGCUCAUGGCGGGCCCGCGGGGUGAGUGA